AUGCGGCUGUCUACUUCCUCUAUAGCUGAGUUGCUAUUUCCUUUACAGGUCACCCUCGCCCUCUUCCUUUGCCCUCACACCCUGGCGCGUACCCUCAAAAUGAGGUUCUCGGGCCAGAAACCAGACUUUGUCACAACAGAUUUCCACUCUGACUAUUCAUAUACUUCCAGGCCUCUCUCUUUUUCUCAACCUCAGGGCCUCAGUUUCCUGGAAGUGAAGGACCAGCUCCUCCUCCUCUAUCUUCAAGAUCUCUCUCACCUGAUCCUGGAGAAAACCUCAGGGCGAUCCAUGGCCAACCACCCUGCCUUGCUGCGUUUGGUGGAAACCAGAACGGUCUUGGAGAAGAUGCGUCCCAUUGACCAGAAGCUGAAGUACCAGGUGGACAAACUGGUGAAAGCUUCUGUUACGGGGGCCCUGGGUGAAAAUGAUCCACUGAGGUUCAAGCCGAAUCCUGGCAACCUGAUGAGCAAGCUCAGUGACUCGGAGGAGAGUGAAGAUGGAGAAGCUGCUGGUGGCUCAAAGAAUUCUGGGAAGGGGGCCUCUAAAGGAGGGAACAGGAAAUACGUCCCACCCCGGCUGGUGCCUGUACAUUACGAUGAAACGGAGACCGAGAGGGAGAAGAAGAUGCUGGAGCAGGCCAAGAAGCGAGCUCUCAGCAGCUCCAUCAUCCGGGAGCUGAAAGAGCAGUAUUCAGAUGCUCCGGAGGAGGUUCGCGAAGGGCGCUACACUCACGCCACCAGGCAAAGCAGAGAGGAUGAACACCGGACCAACUAUGAGGAGAGCAUGAUGGUCCGUCUCAACAUGACGCGGAAGGAGAAAGCCCGCCGGAGGCGAGUGGGUGCCCUUAGCUCCCAGCUCAGCUCCCUCACCCACUUUGGGGACAUCAGCGCAUUGACUGGGGCAGCGGCCCCAUUGGGCGAGGAUUUAGCCCCCCAGAAGAAAAAAAGGAAGAAGGUCGGGACGAAGCGGAGAAAGCAGAAAAAAGGUUUCCACAAGAAGUGAUAAUCCCCCCCUCAGUACUUGGGAUCGAUCUCUACCAACCCCAAUAUCUUGGAUUUUCACACCUGUUGCCAUGCAUGAGGGCGAAAGGACAGAUUUGGUAACAAUAAAGCCGAAGCGCCAUCUUUUCCUGUCUAAAA